CCCUCCCGUUUCUAGCGCCCGGGCACCUCAGCGCUCCGUGUAGCCAAUGCGCAAUGUUGUCCUAGUUGCGUGCAGACGGGUAGUAAAGCGCAUCCUUAAGCGGGCAGAGGACAGAGGAGACCGGGGAGUCAUCCGUCACACUCGGCAGGGCGAUCGGCAUCGCAGACAUGAAGCGGCUCUUUUUCAUCGCUUUGUGCGGGACUCUGGCGCUGCUGUCAUGCGGAGAGGAGAAGCGUGCGAGUGCGGAUGAGAGGUUCGCCGAAGACGGGGGCAUUUCGUUCGAGUACCACCGCUACGAGGAGCUGAGGAAGUCCCUAGUGUCGGUAUGGCUGCAGUGUCCCACCAUCAGCCGGAUCUACACCAUCGGCGAGAGCUUCGAAGGGAGGGAGCUCCUGGUGCUGGAGAUGUCCGACAACCCGGGGGUGCACGAACCUGGCGAGCCGGAGUUCAAGUACAUCGGCAACAUGCACGGCAACGAGGCAGUGGGCCGCGAGCUGCUCAUCUACCUGGCGCAAAACCUCUGCAACGAGUACCAGCGGGGCAAUGACACCAUCAUCGAACUGAUCCACAGCACGCGGAUCCACAUCAUGCCCUCCAUGAAUCCCGAUGGCUUUGAGAAGGCCGCCUCCCAGCCUGGGGACCUGAAGGAUUGGUUUGUGGGCCGCAGCAAUGCACAGGGUGUCGACCUGAACAGGAACUUCCCCGACCUGGAUCGCAUCGUCUAUGUCAAUGAGAAGGAGGGAGGAGCCAACAACCACCUUCUGAAGGACAAGAAGGCUGUGGAGGAGAACACCAAGCUUGCCCCUGAAACCAAGGCAGUCAUCCAUUGGAUCAUGGACGUUCCUUUCGUCCUCUCGGCCAAUCUCCACGGCGGAGAUGUUGUGGCGAAUUACCCCUAUGACGAAACUCGUAGUGGCUCCACCCAUGAGUACAGCGCCAGCCCCGAUGAUGUCAUCUUCAAGAGCCUCGCCCGCGCCUAUUCCAGUUUGAACCCGAUAAUGUCUGACCCCAACCGGGCCCCGUGCCGCAAGAAUGAUGACGACAGCAGCUUUGUGGAUGGGAUCACCAAUGGAGGAGCCUGGUACAGUGUUCCUGGAGGGAUGCAGGAUUUCAACUAUCUGAGUACCAACUGCUUUGAGAUCACAUUAGAGUUAAGCUGUGACAAAUUCCCACCAGAAGACACCCUGAAGAUGUACUGGGACCAGAACAAAAAUUCUCUAGUCAAUUACAUCGAGCAGAUCCAUCGCGGGGUGAAAGGCUUUGUGCGGGACCUACAGGGGAACCCUAUCUCUAACGCCACCAUAUCUGUGGAUGACAUCGACCAUGACAUGACUUCUGCCAAAGAUGGGGACUACUGGCGUCUUCUGGCCCCUGGGAACUACAAAGUGACAGCCUCAGCUCCAGGGUACCUGGCUGUGAUGAAGAAGGUGGCAGUACCUCACAGCCCAGGCGUAAGGGUGGACUUCGACCUGGAGUCAUUGGUGGAGAGGAAGGAGGAGGAGAAGGAGGAGCUACUGGAUUGGUGGAAGAUGAUGUCAGAAACCCUGAAUUUCUGAACAGCCAUCCCCACCCUCGCGAGCGUCGGUGUGACAUCGGGGGAAAAAAAUGUAAUUGUUUAGCAUUCGUGUGUUGGUCAUCUAAUGUGUUAUCUUUUCAUUUUCUUUCAAUUGUGCUAUCGUGGCGGGGGAUCCCGUUGAACUGCUCGUUCAUUUUUUUUUUUCCCAGCAGCACCAGUUUUCAAGUUUUCUAAGUUGCCGUUCCACAAAACUGACAAACGCGAAAAAGAAAAAAAAAAAAUGGCACAAGCAGUUCACCGUAUCGGCAAGGAAACGGCUCCUCUUUAUACUUCCUGUGAAUUUGUGUUCAUUAUGGUACCUGUUGAAAAAUUCCAGUAACCAUGGAUCAGCACCAAACUCUGUAACCAAACGUGGGACACUGUGUUGUGUGGAGUGUAACGAGAACGACAUGAACAUUUUUAAUUAAGGCAGUCCCACAUUUACACUUAUACACUUCUAGUCAUAAAUGUAUUUUAUGUCAGAAAUUGUUUAUUAUUACUCAUGUAUUUCAGUGACAAAAAAGCUGUAUGAAAUUUUGAUAUUACAAGACCAUAGGAUUAAUUGUAAAUUAUGAAGAUAUACAUAGAGAAUCUAAGAGAAAUAUAUCUGAGCUUCUAUUGUAAAAUAUACAGAAAGGAUACGAUUACUGGGGGUCCCUUGAAAUAGUAGAUCUUGUCUUGGCUUACUGAAGGGUGUUUCCCAGUACUCGAUACUCAGUACUCAUGGCUCAAUACUCUUGUGAUACUAAAACAAUCUCAAGGGGAAAAGACGGUUCAAGGAUGCCAGGCUGUUCUCACAGAAGAAGGUGAGGCAUAGAAUGCUUAGCCCUCAGAGAUUUAGCAUAGCUAUGGACAGACGCGCUUUGGGCGUACGGUCGAUGUAAAAUAAGUUCAGGGAUGACGGGCAGACCUUCUUAUUCCGGUCGCGUCUGUCGUACGUCGAGCCGAGACCAUGCGUUCAUCGUAGACAGUUUCAAUUGCUCUAAAGACGCUUGAUUAGUUGUGAGCGAACUUACAUUGUAAUAAAACGGCACUGGCCUUGUUUUACCGAGCUGUUAGCAAGUUGAUGUUGACUCCUUUUUUUCCAUUUCCCUGGACUGCAAACCGAAAUGUAAUAAUGAAUGUAAUAAUAAAUCUGUGUAAGAAGCGUAGUUCGAUUCGUAAGGAGAAAUAAAGGUUGUUUAUGUUGUCA